AUGACUUUAUCAAAUGUACCUCAGCAACUAGAAGUUACAUCAGAAGAAGAGGAAAAGUUUGAAUCCCCAAUGGAAAAGCUAGAUAUGAUUACAUUAAUUUCAAAAGAUGAUCAACAUUAUAUAAUUCCACGCGAAGUCGUUUGUCAAUGUAAAUUCUUCGCUUCGAUGUUUCAAGAAGAAAACGAUUUUGAGGAAACACAAACAAAAUCAAUCAAUUUAGAAUACCCUAGUUAUUUAAUUGAUCUUUUGGUAGAUUUUCUUUUCGCAAAGCACCAAAAGAAAUUGGGCAAAGAUUUUACAGUACCACCUGAGUAUUUACUUGAUGUAUAUGCAAUGUCUGACUUUUUAGGAAUAUAA